AGUCUAGUGUGGACUCUUAUUGAGUACGGUUCGGUUGCGGUAAAAUACAAUUCUAAACGGAAUAGCAACGUGUUAAACAAAUAAACGAGUUAUAAAUUACUUCUAUAAACAAAUCGAAUUUGUGUAUUAUUUACCAAUAUUUUUAACCAAGAAAGAACCUUCUUCACACUGGAUGAAUCGAAUUUAAACAAACAAAAAAAUCUAAAAGAAAAACUAAAAACACAAAAAAGAAAAGAAUCUUUCAGAAGCCAUUUACAAUAAUAAGUAUCAAUUAAACAAUAACAACAACAAACUAGAUAUUCCUACGCAUCUUAACAACAAACAUAGUGUUAUUGGUCUCCUUGUGUCUCUGUGUGAUGACCUGACAUUGUUGACAAAACACUGUCAUUGUCAUCUUAAUCUUAACCCAACAACCACCCAAGCAAAACCAUUCAGACUUUGUCAAUAACACAAGACGCUAAAAGAUUUUCAACUUUUUACUUCUAUUAUUUUGGUUUGAAUGUCUCAAGGGAGUCAGAAAACUUCAGCAGCUAAAGCAACCUUUGUACUAAAUUGAACAGAAUUCUACAAAAAAAAAAACACCACCAUCCAAACAAAAUUUUCGAAUUGGAGCAAGAACAAGAACAAGAAAGAACAUUAUGUCAGAUUAUUCGUCGUUUGAGAUGGGGUCGGUCGAUAGACCACCAAAUCGUUUUCAAGUAAAUCCAGUCAACCACAAAAACAACAAUGACAAAGCAGCCUCUACAAAUGCUGCUGCUGGUGGUGGCGGAGGUGCAUCAACAGCAGAUGAUGUGCCUCAUGAAAUCUAUCGUCGUUUAACGGGAAUUGAUGGUGAACCCAUUGAAGAUGAUCAAUUUAACGAGGAUGCUUCACAAAUGCUAAAAGCACAACAACAGCAUCGAACACAAAGGCAAUCUAUCAAAAGCAGUUUUCGUGACAAGGAUAAACCUUCGCGUUUUAAAGACCUGCAGACAACACGUUUUCAAGUUGAACCACAAAAUGAAGAAGACUCCGAUGACUCCAAUGAAGAUCGUGAACUGUUGGAGAAUGAAUAUGAUACGAAAUAUGGUAAAAGUUUUCGACAUUUUACCAGAGAAGCAUUACCACGCUUGGAUAAUUAUCGUAAUAUCAUGUCUAUACAAGCUGCCUACCGUCCCACUUUGGAUGAACUUCAUAAUGCCACUUUAACUGGAAAGAAUACUCACAGCUUGAAUCGCAAUCAGGAUCCGGAGGCGGGUGGUGCAGCCAUGAAUGGGAUGUUAAAGUUUGGUUGGAUCAAAGGUGUUUUAGUGAGAUGCCUGCUAAACAUUUGGGGUGUCAUGUUGUUUUUACGUCUCAGUUGGGUUGUCGGUCAGGCUGGCAUCAUGGAGGGUUUCAUUUUAAUUUUAACCACAACAAUUGUCACCAGUAUUACAGCACUGUCAAUGUCGGCGAUUAGUACUAACGGUGUCAUCAAGGGCGGUGGCACAUACUACAUGAUAUCACGUUCGUUGGGUCCGGAGUUUGGUGGUUCGAUUGGUUUAAUAUUCUCACUUGCAAAUGCGGUGGCAUGUGCGAUGUAUGUGGUGGGUUUUUGUGAAUCAAUGUUAGAUUUAUUAAAUUCCAUGGGUCUCAGCAUAAUUGACGGCAGCAUACAGGAUGUACGCAUUAUUGGCAGCAUUACAAUACUAAUUCUGUUGGUGAUUGUUGUCGUGGGCAUGGAAUGGGAAGCCAAAGCACAAAUUGGUCUAUUGAUUAUAUUGUUAAUAGCCAUAGCUGAUUUUGUAAUUGGCAGUAUUAUUGGUCCUAAAAGUGAUGAAGAGCGUGCCCAAGGUUUUCUCGGUUACAAUAUGACCUUAUUAAAGGAUAACUUUUUUGCGGAUUAUCGCAUGGAAAAGGGUGUACGUCAUGAUUUCUUUUCCGUUUUUGCCAUAUUCUUUCCCGCAGCAACUGGUAUUUUAGCUGGUGCCAACAUUUCCGGUGAUUUAAAGGAUCCACAAAAAUCCAUACCAAAAGGUACUUUAUUGGCCAUUUUAAUAACAACAAUCACAUAUUUGAUUAUGGUUGUAAUAGCUGGUGCUACCGUAGCUCGUGAUGCUACUGGCGAUGUUGCUGACAUGGUUAAUGGCUCAUUUGCCUUUUUGAAUUGUACAGGAAUUGUUUGCGAAUAUGGUCUACAAAAUUCAUUCCAAGUAAUUGAAUUAGUAUCGGGUUUCGGUCCCCUAAUCUAUGCUGGUUGUUUUGCAGCCACUUUAUCCUCAGCCCUUGCCAGUUUAGUGUCAGCACCAAAAGUUUUCCAGGCUUUAUGCAAAGAUGAACUUUAUCCAAAAAUUGUAUGGUUCGCCAAAGGUUUUGGCAAAAAUAAUGAGCCAGUUCGUGGUUACGUUUUGACAUUUAUAAUUGCUGUAGCUUUCAUCUUAAUUGGUGAACUAAAUCUCAUUGCUCCACUUAUAUCGAAUUUCUUUUUGGCAGCUUAUAUGUUGAUCAACUUUAGUACAUUCCAUGCCAGUUUAGCUAAACCCGUCGGUUGGCGUCCAACAUUUAAAUAUUACAAUAUGUGGCUAAGUCUCUUGGGCUCUAUCCUGUGUGUGGCUGUAAUGUUCUUGAUAUCAUGGGCAACAGCUUUGAUUACAUUUUCCGUUGUGUUGGCAUUGUACUUAAUUGUUGCCUAUCGGAAGCCAGACGUCAAUUGGGGCUCCACUACACAGGCACAAACGUACAAGAAUGCCUUGUUAUCUGUGCAACAAUUGAAUAAUGUUGAGGAGCAUGUUAAAAACUAUCGUCCGCAAAUAUUGGUCUUAUCCGGUUUGCCAAACACGCGACCCGUACUUGUUGACUUUGCCUACAUGCUCACUAAAAACUUAUCGCUGAUGGUGUGCGGUCACGUCUUGCGUGGUUCAAGUUCACAGCGUUAUCGUAAUUAUCUGCAAGAACGUGCCACCACUUGGUUCCGUCGUCAUCGUGUUAAAGGUUUCUAUUCCCUGGUGGAUGGUGAAGAUUUCGAAUCUGGCUCAAGAGCUCUAAUGCAGGCUGCUGGCAUUGGCAAACUGAAACCCAACAUUUUAUUAAUGGGCUACAAAGCAGAUUGGCAGACAUGUGAACAUAAGGAUUUAAAUCAAUAUUUCAAUAUCAUGCACAAGGCAUUGGACAUGUACUUAUCCGUUGCCAUAUUACGUGUACCAGAAGGUUUGGAUUGUUCCCAAAUUUUGGGAGACGAAAGCAGUGCUCAAAGAAAUAUUUUUGAUGUGCCACGCACCCUACAACCCAACGAAAGUUCUGCCGAUCUAAAUGCAGUAGAGCGUAGCGCACAAAAUGGUUUAAGUGGCAGCAUGGAUUCAUUGAGUCGCAAUGUAUCACAAGAUGCUGCUGAAAUAACAAACACUGAGAAUGAUGUUAAAUUAACAAAAGCUUCUAGUACUAGCGACUUAUCCUUUGUGACUGGCACUCAAACCAAGGAAGUAUCCGGAUUACCAGAUCCAGCUGAUCCCAAGUCACCACAAUUAUUGACAAAUUCAUUGAGAAAAUCUAAAAAUAAACAUGAUGACCCAGCUGCUUUAUAUAAAGGACCGGGUGGUGUUGAAUUAUCUAAAGACGUUUUAAAUCAAUUGACACAAUUUACUCGCAAACGCAGUCAUGCUGUUAUCGAUGUUUGGUGGUUGUAUGAUGAUGGUGGCUUAACACUGCUUUUGCCUUAUAUUAUCAGUACUAGACGUACAUGGCAAUCAUGUAAACUUAGAGUUUAUGCAUUGGCCAAUAAAAAAGCCGAAUUGGAAUUUGAACAGCGUUCCAUGGCAAGUUUAUUAUCGAAAUUCCGUAUUGAUUAUUCCGAUUUGCAGUUGAUACCGGAUAUAACAAAGAAACCACAGGAAACGUCAACACAGUUCUUUAAUGAAUUAAUUAAAGAUUUUGUGGUUAAUGAGAAAGAAACCAGCACAACUGCUAAUACAACACAAUUACAGGAAGAUGAUGUUCUUAUAAGUGAAGAUGACCUGAUGGCUGUACAGGACAAAACAAAUCGUUAUUUACGUUUACGUGAAUAUUUGCGAGAACAAUCUACUAAAUCGGAUUUAGUUGUAAUGACCUUGCCCAUGCCACGCAAGAAUAUUGUAACGGCACCUUUGUACAUGGCCUGGUUGGAAAGUUUAAGUCGUGAUAUGCCUCCCUUCUUGUUUGUGCGUGGCAACCAGACCAGUGUCUUGACAUUCUAUUCAUAAACAAGGUACCAUAGCAACGACUACUCUCAUAAUCAUCGUCAAAAUCACCAUCAAAUG